AUGUUGGACACUGAUGCAGCUACACGGCCUGUUAGCCCUAUUCCAGCAUCCCAAUUAUCAUCCCCGGCUUCGCCUUCAGCAGGCCGAUCGCGCGAUUCAAUACCAGCGAAACGUCCUAGAAUGAAGUCGAACCUCUCUGACGUCACUGGCCAAAGAGAAGAGAUUGACUCUCUUCUUCCUAGUUCUGGUAUUGACUUAACGGAUCCUUUUGUUUGCUCCCAAGGUUCUGAAUCAAUUAAGUGUGAAUUCGAGCCUUGUGAUUCAUCUGAAAUCACUAAACCAAAUAGUACGUUAGGACGACACGAUACAUUGAAAAGGAGGAGGAGUGUGAUUCAAGCUACUAUCAGUGCCGACGAUAUGCCAUCACUUCCAUCUAGACACAAAGCGCCUCCUAGCCGAGAUGAGCAUCAUCACACGCGCAAACAUCACUCACAUUUUCGCCUGCACCGCAAGCGCUGGGAGAAGCUUAUCUGGAGACCAAAUGGCCUCGCUACUGCCGCUACUACCAGUACCGGGGCGCCAGCGAGUUCUUUGCCUUUGACUGUCACUCUUUUAAGUGAGGAGCCCCUCAAAACAUAUCUCGACGGUGUGCGUUCUUUGAUCGCUUUCCAGGCGUUUGGUGGAGCUCGUGAUGACUUGGGUUCAGCAGAAAAUGGUCUGGUCCUAGCUAACAUGGCUGCGACCACACAGCAUGCUUACGACACUCUACAUAGAUGUAACUAUUCACUUCCAGCUGCUUUGGAUACAAUCACACGGACUCCAGUACCAGACACAGACACUCCUGAUCACUGGACAGCAGAAGAAGUACGUCUUUUCGCACUUGGUCUGAGAAAGCAUGGGAAGGAUUUUCAUGCUAUCCAGCGUGACUUCUUCCGUGGUCACCUUCCCCCUGAUUGUCGAAUGCCCAACAUAUUAGCCGGUCGAGGCACUGGCAUCGCUUGUGUGGCGAAAAAUGGCUUUCUUGAUGGAUCAACUAGUCACGAAUCUGCUCAUCCUUUCAAUUAUAGUCAGCAGCAAAACAACACUCAGCAGAGCAAUGAAGAAGAAAUAAAACAGUCAAUUGGGGAGAUUACUGUGGAAGUUGGUCCUAUAACGAACGGAAUGCUUAGAGGAGUAUCGGCUUCUCGGCGUGGUAGACGACGCACUAGCACUCAACCAGCUCCAGGAGGGCGCAUAUGCAAUGAAACUACUGAUACAGUUAUCGUGGUAGCAGCCAUCAGUGAUGGCAUCCCCUCUGAGACUCCUAAGAUCGAAGAGUCUUGCGAGAACCUACAAUGGAUGAAAAAAGAGCCAGAAGCGGAUUUGAGUUCCGUUGUAGAUAACUGCUUGGACUCGAUAGGGAGUACCGGCGGACGGCGUGGGACAGACGAAGUUCAUCAGGAAGAGGAAGAAGAUGACGACGAAGAAGAGGAUGAGGAGGUUAAAACUGCCAAGACUGUGACAGCGAGACUGAGCGAUAGCGGGAUAGUUGCUGAAAGCGUAACAGCCACGGGUGGAAAAAUUAAGUCUUUUACAGGAGACUCAGAUUCCUCUCUUCCUAAAUGCCCUCCUGAUCCAUUGAAGACGGUCAAGCAACUUGUGGCCUUCUACUACUAUUGGAAACGGAAAAGCAAUAGCAUUAGCCCUUCCACCGCAGCCUCCGCGUUGCUCAUGCCACCAGCUGUGUCCUCCAAUAUGGAGUGCAGUAAUGGCCAUACUUCGCAGCAUGUCGACUUUGGCUCCGGUCUGCAUAGCCUUGGUUUCCAGGCUGCGCUUUCUGUAGGGCCUGGGGCAGGGACUACACUUGGAACGCCGUCUGCUAUAGUGACGGGGCAUUAUAAUAAAAAUGGCAAUGUUACUGGAAUCUGCGCAGCAAGUGGAGGAAAUGGAGUGUUGGCUGGGGGCUCGUCCUAUCCUGCUACCUCCAUUUCUUCUACAACCGCUUUUGCGGCCAGUAGUUGCAGUGGUCCACUAGGACAGCAUUCCUCAACUGGUCAUAAUACAGGCAAGCGACGAGGCAAGUCGGCGUCAUCAAGUUGUGCUGCGGGAGCAGCUGGCCAAGCUAGAGUUGCCAAUUGUGAGUUCUCAAUACUCGGCUGGCUCUUGAGCGAUUUAGAAAUUAUUCUAAUUUCAUGUUUUUAA